GGGACAUAGUCCAUUAUUCAUUGCUCCUUUACCUUAGUACUAGCGCUAGCUUACCAGGGCUGGUGACUCAUCCUUGCAAUAUCCAGGUCGCGAAUCUAGAACAACAGAGAGCGCUUAGCUAUGUCUCGAGCAGGGAAAAAGAAACCAGUAGGUUUUGCAACGCACAUUACCGCUGGUGGACUAGCAGGGGGAAUGGAGGCGCUGUGUUGUCAGCCGCUGGACACCAUCAAGGUGAGAAUGCAGUUAUCCAAGUCGGGGUUGGCACCUGGGACGAAACCCAGGGGUUUUAUUGCCACUGGUAUCUUGAUUGUGAGACGUGAAACACCAUUGGCUUUGUAUAAAGGUCUUGGAGCUGUUCUUUCGGGAAUCGUGCCAAAAAUGGCCAUUCGUUUUGCAAGCUUUGAAACAUACAAAGGCUGGUUGGCCGACAAAACAACUGGAAAUACCAGCGUCGGUUCCAUCUUUAUUGCUGGUCUCGCUGCAGGGACUACUGAAGCGGUAGCUGUAGUUACGCCAAUGGAGGUGGUGAAAAUCCGCCUACAGGCCCAGCAGCAUUCUCUCGCUGAUCCACUAGAAGCACCCCGGUACCGCAAUGCAGGACAUGCGGUGUACACAAUAAUUCGAGAGGAAGGAAUAGCAACACUAUACCGAGGUGUCUCUCUUACAGCUCUGCGGCAAGCCACUAAUCAAGGUGCCAAUUUCACUGCCUACCAAGAAAUCAAGAAGUUAGCCCAUCGAUAUCAACCUGAACUUCAAGAGCUACCAUCUUACCAGCACAUGAUCAUCGGUCUCAUUUCCGGGGCUAUGGGGCCAUUCUCCAACGCUCCAAUAGACACGAUAAAAACACGAUUACAGAAGGCCACGGCGGAGCCAGGGCAAUCUGCGUUUCAGCGAAUACAGCUGAUCGCCUCUGAUAUGUGGCGGCAAGAGGGUGUCAGAUCCUUCUACAAGGGAAUAACCCCACGUGUGUUGCGAGUUGCACCUGGGCAGGCGAUUGUAUUCGCAGUGUACGAACGAGUGAGCACGAUGAUCGAGAAGUUGAAAGUAACCACGAGCGAGGACCACUAUUCGGAGUGAUUGUAGGAUAAUGUAGGACUUUUUAUGGUCGAGCGACCUAUGACAGGAUGAUAACGCUGUAAUGUGUGAUACCCAUAGUAUUGUAUAACCACAACUUGAGAGGUUUGGUUUAGU